AUGAGUACAAUUUCUUCUUUUUCCCGAACGGAAGAUAACACGGAGGUUGGAAACGGAGAUGGCGCUGGAUCAAUGUUUCAACAACCACAGCAACAGCAACAUCAACAGCGAAUGGAGGAUCUGCUUUCUCACGGCUCCCCACUUCAAGCAGGUUCACGUGAUGAUUAUGAACAGAGUGAACUAUCAAGAAUAACACAGUGUGGAAGUACAUAUGGUGUCCAAGAGACUGCAAGUACCACAUUUGUUGUGGAGAUAAAAGGAACCCCCAACACUCGUAGUAAUGUUGAACAUGAAUCCAAACAGUUAAAUAAAGAAGCUCUUUCCAAAUUAGAGAAAGUUGUGGCUGCUGGAGGUUUACCAUUACGUUCUGAACUUCUAGGUGAUGAUUCAACAUGUUUAAGAAACUUCCCACGUCAAGAGAGAACUAUAAGUGUUGUAUCCAUUGCCCCAGAAACAGAGAUCAGUGUGGAUGGUUCACCAAGGCGGUUUGACGUGGAUACCAUACCCAGCAUGGUUUCCACAAACUGUAGAAGAGAAUCUCUCGCGGAGACUUCAGUUGUCAGUGUAGAGAGUGUUUGUGGAAGUUACACCACUACAACUCUUCUUGGUGCUAAUGCUACGGCUAUUCCCUCUCAUCUAGAUACAGAUAUUACUCCUGCACAUGUAAAUGCGGAGGGUUCCUCUACGACUCCAGAUAUUCCAUUCUUGGAUGGUGGUGUGCAGUCUUCUGCUGCGGUUGGGGAAUCUUUUACGCAUGAUGCAAAUGCAGAUUUUCCUGUUGGAAAGGGAUACCGAGUAAAGGAUAGUUUUAUGACUCAAACCGAUUUAACCAUCCCAUCAGAUGAUUUACGAAUGUGUAGUACCACAGAUGCGUUAAGUGAUAAAUCUAAACCACGAACCCCACUUACUGGUUCACUACUAAGUAGAGAAAAUCUGGAUACAUUAAAACGACAAAUUGCAUCUGGUCAAUGUAAUCUACGCGAUGGAUUGUUAAUGGAAUUGGGUGUAACGUUAUUACCUCGACCUGAAAGAUCUCAAAGUAUGGUGGUUGAAGUACCCGCUACAAAUUCUCACCUUGAGGAAUCAAUACCACAGCGGGAAUUGGCCUCUUCUCAGGAUUGUGGUAAAACGUUAAGUAGAUUUGACGAUGGACAGAAUGCGGAAACUUGGGAUGAUGUAAAUGAUCAACAAUCUAUAUUAGAUCAAACGCUUGCCAAGUUGCAGAAUAUGGAAUCUGAGCGGGCAGGUAUUAUUUCGGAAUUAGCAGAACUACGGGAUUAUGUACAAGUACGUACAGAAGAUGUAACAAGUUUAUUAAAAGUAAAUGAAUCCAAACAAGUUGAAUUUCAGAAAAAAACAGAGGAAACUUUUUCCAAAGUUGUAAGACAAAUAACAGAAUCAAAUACAGGGUUAUCUACUAUGAUAAAUAAUGAAUUGAAUGUACUUACAGAAAAAUAUACAGGAGAUUUUCAUAAUUUAAAAGGAAAUUUUGAAGGAAAAUUAGAAAAUCUUAUUUCAAAGAUGGAUGAUCGAUUCUCAAAAAUUGACGAAUCAACCAAUCUUUUACUUAUUCAGCAAGAAAAAUUACAAAAACAAUUGAAUCAUACUUUUCAGGUGGAGGCAUUUCCUCAAGAAAAUGAAAUUCCUGAUGGGAAAAAAAUGCGUUUUGUAAUUGAUGUUCAAAUUUAUGAUGAUUGUAGAGAAGUUUUAUUACCUAUGAGUGUGAAGGCGACUGUAGGUAUGUGUAAGCGAGAAGUUUUACGAAGAAUUCGUCAUCAAGGUUUAAUUGAAGAUGAUAUUCAAUUUUCCAAUGUUGUUCUUAUGCAUGGUACAUACACUUUAUUUGAAGAGGAUAUUCUCGCAGAUAUUCUCUCACCGGUUCUACAGGAAGCAGAAGCUGAGGGAACUUGUGUUAAUUUAAAAUUAAGAGUAAUAAAUUUACGCAAUAGUAAAAAAUUGUUACGAGUAUCAGAAAAUGCAGAAGGAGAUAAGGAAUAUAUAUCAUCAAGAUCAAAAAAUUCUUCUCCUGCUGGUUCAGCUUCUUAUCUCCAACCUUUACCUCUUCCUACUUCAGAGCAAACUUCUCAACUCGUGGAAACUGGUGUCCUAACUGCUGCGCUUGUGGAUGAUCUCUCUCAGAAUGAGUCUUUAGAUCGUCGACUUGUCUGUGAAUUAGAGCGUAUGGAGCGGGAUACACUUUUUCAAAAUGAAAGAGUACGCCAUGUUGUUAUUGCCAAAAACGCCUUAAGCCGCACACGUGCCGCUUUAUUAGAUCGAGCCACACACUCACCAGUGGAAGCCCAUCGCCGCGUGGCUCGCAGUGCUCUUGCAAAGUUGGAUCUCGCCUUGGGCCCAGGCGCCACAGUGGAGGAACUCGGAAUGGCAAGCAGUAUGGCUGCCGCAACACUGCGCAGCAUUACAGCCGCAAGCGGAGAAGAUGAACGCGUGGAUAUUGUGCUGGAGGCAAAGCGUUUGGAGGAAGAAAGGAAACAACGAUUGGUAGGGGAAAUACAGAAAUUAAGUGAGGAGGUUGAGAAAAAAUUGCGUAUACCUGUUGGACUUGUGAAACGUGCGGAAUCCCUCACACAAGAUGCACAGCGGGCCAUUGUAUUAGCGCCUAGUAUGACAUUUAAGGAAUUAGACGAGGUGUAUAAAAGUCUGGAGGAUUUCUGUGCCGUUGUUCGAACGCAUAAUUAG